GGUGCUGCGCCUCUGUCAGAGAGCAGCCGCUGGCCCCAUGGAGCAGGGAUGAUGAAUUAGCUGCAUGCUCUCCCCACUGAGUGCUGCUGUCAUGAGUCUUGGAUCAGUUGCCCAGUUCCCCAUUGACUUUCAUAGCCCUCGGGAUGCUGGCCAAAGCCAGGGGGCCAAGACAAUGGAGCCAAGAGGAGAAGUGGGAAGGAUACAGACCUCAGCAGGACAGAAUUCCUCCAACACGUCCCUGGAAAACCUCUGCCCCAUCAAGAGAUGCCUCUGGCUGCUUGGGGCCAUUGGGCUGCUGGCAGGGGCAGCCGUCGGGAUGUGGCUUCUAGUGAAAUUCCUGACAGUGCCCCUGUCGGACCAGGAUCUCAGCUCCCUGCAGGACAUGGAGUCGAUCCCAACCUGCACAGACGCCGGGGAAGAUGAGCCCGUCAUCACCAUGGCUCCCAGGAGAGGUGGAAGGCAGGCCCGGCUGGCUCCUGGCAUGUCAUGAGCGGUGGAAUCUCUCCCUGGGGACUCUGAUCUGUAGGCAGCUGGGAUACCUCCAACUCGCCCAUCACAAAGGAGUGAACCUGACAGAUGUCAAGGUGAAUGAUACGCAAGAGUUUGUUCAGAUUGUGCCCAACCAGAAGAGCAGCAUUGAAGACAUGUGGCAGGUCAGGAGCAGCUGUGCUUCAGGGCGAAUUGUGGCUUUGAAGUGCUCCGAGUGUGGCCUGCGCUCCAGGGCAGCCCGGAUCGUGGGCGGAAGCGACGCCCCAUUGGGACGUUGGCCGUGGCAGGUCAGCCUGUACCUCAACUCCAGACACGUCUGCGGAGGCUCCGUGGUGGCGCACAACUGGAUCGUCACGGCCGCUCACUGCGUGCACAAUUACAGGCGGCCUCAGGUCUCCAGCUGGCUGGUCUUUGCCGGGAUUAUCGCACACGUGUCAGUCCCACAGCAGGCCGGGGCGGCGGUGGAGAAAAUCAUCUACCACCCCCGCUAUGAUGACAGGACUCACGACUAUGACAUCGCACUGAUGAAACUCACAACGCCCUUGAACUUCUCCAAUGCUGUCCGUGCAGUGUGUUUACCGCAGUACCAUCAGGAUUUCCCCCACGGCACCCACUGCUGGAUCUCCGGCUGGGGCUACACCACACCAGAACAUGUUCCUGUUGCUGAGAUGCUGAAGGAAGCUGUUGUUCCCUUAAUCAGCACCAAGAAAUGCAACAGCUCCUGCGUGUACUCUGGUGAGCUCACCCCCAGGAUGCUGUGUGCCGGCUACCUGGACGGGAAAGUAGAUGCCUGCCAGGGAGACAGUGGGGGGCCGCUGGUUUGCCAAGAUGAACUCACCUGGCGCUUAGUGGGUAUCGUGAGCUGGGGUACAGGGUGUGCUGAACCCAACUACCCUGGGGUUUACACCAAGGUGGCCGAAUUCCUGGACUGGAUUUAUCAGAUCAUCGAGAGCCACUAGAAGCAAAGCAAGGGACAGGUUUAAGGAGCAGAGCCAUCCCCAGGGUGACAUGCCAAGCAAAGAAGAGUCCAGGACAAACGUAUCCCCACUCUGAAGCUCUGUCCCAGUUAAUAUGUAGUUACAGUGGAUCAGCAUGAACUGGAAAGACGGAGGGAGCCAUCCAACCUGCCUGUUGCCAAGGCCUGUAAGGAGGCAUCUCCAGCAUCCCAGCUGUGUUCUCUGGUGUAGCGUGAGGGGCAGCGUCUCUGCUUUUGCCUGUUGCAGCUGAUCCAUAUUAAACAACUAGUGUUUGGGCAAAGCCUAACCUAGUUCUGCUGUAGUGCAAUGGUUUGGCCCUAUUCUUGGGCUGUGCGUAAGGGGCGUUCAAAUAUCCCCUCGGCUUGUGUUAAGAGGAACUUUGGAUGGAUGUCAAAUGGAAUCUUGCUGCAUGUCCCCUGAGGUAGUUAUGGGGGGUUUCAUCUCUCUUGCUGGUGGAAGUUGUUCCACUUUAAUUAAAUGCUGUUUAGGCUAAGGGAUGGCUCAUAGCCCAGUGGGUUGUCUCUGGGCUUAGCCUGUGGGAGAUAGGGGUUCAGGUCUGCCCGGGUGCCUCUGCUGUCCGCCUUCAGGAAAAGCCAUGGGCUUGCUCUCCUCUUGCCUGUUGAAGCUCUUCCACUUUAGUUAAAUGUGCUCUGGGCCAGCCUCUCAGCAACUCUCACUCUCCAGUCCAGUGGUUAGGAUACUCGCCC